ACUCAGCAGCAGGAUGUGCCUCUGCCUGGUGUUGUCCAUGCUGGGGGCUGUGCCCGUGGAUCCUGCGGGGCGCUGCGGGGACUAACUGGGGUGUGGAGUAGGCAGAUCAUGUCCUGUGUGGAGUGGUCGUGUCCAGUGGAGUGAAUGUCACUGGUCUCCUGUCACCCACCUGGGUCCCAUUCUGUCCCCUGCUGCUGGCUCCCGCAGGCUCUGCUCUUCCCAGUCCUUGCUGCUGCACUCCUGGAGCCCUGCUCCCCGCUGCCGGCACCGCCCCUGCUCCUGCCCCGCUCUCUGGGAAGCCGUGGCUCUGCGGAGGGCUGGGACUGGCAGGGAUGGGACCGAGGGGGACGCUUUGAGCCGCUUGCACGUUCUUCCCAUCUCUGGUCACUGCCACUGCCUGCAGCUGCAUGGGCUCUGCCUCACUCCCUAAAUAUAGCCAGGGUGCCAGGGUGAGUGAGGAUGGGGGUGUCUUGGCACCAGCCCCUCCACCCUGCUCUUCGGGGGGCUGGCACUGGGCUGUGGGAUCUGCGGGACCCCAACCUCCCCCAGCCCUGCUGCCUGCGGAGUGGGGCACAUACUCCUCGGCAUGACUGCCAGCCCUGCAGCCCCUGCACCACCCAGCCCCGGUCCCCCGGGGCCUCGGCCGCUCCUCCUCCCGGGCAGGGGAUCAGCGGGUCCCGAAACGCAGCGGGUCCCGGGACCGGCCGGUCCCGAGGGGUGGGCAGGAACGGUGACUCAGUGUCACCCGACGCCGCCGACAGCUGCGGCCCCGGCGGGGCGGGGGCGGCUAAAAUUAGCGCCGGGGGCCGGGGCCGGGGCCGAAACAAAGCGGGCACCGGGUGGCCGGAGCGGAGCCGCGGGACAGAGCCGGGUCGGGCCGGGACGGGCCGGGACCGCGACCAUGAACUUCGCGGUGGGGCUGAAGCCGCUUCUGGCGGAGGCGCGGAGCAUGGAGAGCCUGGAGAAGCAGCUCAUCUGCCCCAUCUGCCUGGAGAUGUUCUCCAAGCCCGUGGUCAUCCUGCCCUGCCAGCACAACCUCUGCCGCAAGUGCGCAAACGACGUCUUCCAGGCCUCCAACCCGCUGUGGCAGUCACGGGGCUCCAGCGCAGUGCCGUCGGGCGGGCGGUUCCGGUGCCCGUCCUGCCGGCACGAGGUGGUGCUGGACCGGCACGGGGUGUACGGAUUGCAGCGGAACCUGCUCGUGGAGAACAUCAUCGACAUCUACAAGCAGGAGUCGGCCCGACCCCUUCAUGCCAAGGCUGAGCAGCACCUCAUGUGCGAGGAGCACGAGGAUGAGCGGAUCAACAUCUACUGCCUGCGCUGCGAGGUGCCCACCUGCUCCCUCUGCAAGGUGUUCGGGGCGCACAAGGACUGCGAGGUGGCCCCGCUGCCGGCCGUCUACCAGCGCCAGAAGGUGGGGGGGCCCUGGAGUCUCGGGGGCCCGAGGGUGCCCACACAGCCACCCUCACGCCCGGCCCUCUACUCCCAGAGCGAGCUCAGCGACGGCAUCGCCAUGCUGGUGGCGGGGAAUGACCGGAUCCAGGCCAUCAUCACACAGAUGGAGGAGAUCUGCCACACCAUCGAGGAGAACGGCCGGCGGCAGAAGCAGCACGUGGGGCUGCGGUUCGACGCGCUCUACGGGAUCCUGGAGGAGCGCAAGAAGGAGCUGCUGCAGAGCAUCGCGGCCGAGCAGGAGGCCAAGCUGCAGCGAGUCCGUGGGCUCAUCCGCCAGUACGGAGACCACCUGGAGGCCUCCUCCAAACUGGUGGAGUCAGCCAUCCAGGCCAUGGAGGAGCCCCAGAUGGCCCUGUACCUGCAGCACUCCAAGGAACUCCUGAAAAAGAUCACAGACAUGUCCAAGGCAUCAAUGAGCAGCCGCCCUGAGCCUGGCUAUGAGAACAUGGACCACUUCUCCAUCAACGUGGACUACGUGGCUGAGAUGCUGAGGACCAUCGAGUUCCAGACAGAGCCACUGGGCGAGGAUGAGGGUGAUGGAGCUGGGGACGGCAGUGAGGCUGCAGCAGAUGAGGACCGGCUGGACAGCCUGGAGGUGCCCGAAGCUGCUGAAGAUGUGGGGCCGAGGCAGAAGCCAGCGAGCUCUCCCCAUGGUCAGCACUGAAGUGAAGCCAUGGGGUAAGGCUGGCAUGCCCUCAGCUCUGGCUGUCCCUGUCACCCCUGGCUAUGCCUGUCCCUGUCACCCCUGCCCUGGCUGUGGCCAUCCCCGUCACUCUCAGGUGAGCUCCAUCCCUGCUGCUGGAAUUCCCCACAUGGGCGCUGCCCCUCUCCAACAUUAAAGGUGUGUGAGGACACGUUCUCCCGUGUGCUGUGUGGCUGGGGUGGAGGCGAGGGCUGCCCCAGAGCAGCUCUGCACCGGCCCCACAGGGUCUAGCCCAGCGCAGCCCCUGCCCCAUCACCCCAGCAGUGCCCCCAGGGCCUCAGGCAAGGCGCUGAGA